CCUGAAGCCAGGAGGACUGGACCAUCAGCUGGAGGAAGCAGGAAGUAGGUCGGUGUUGUCAUUCACCAGUUCAGUAGCUGUAGUUGGUGGAUUGGUUUGUUGGUUUGGCGGUGAGGAGAUGAGCCUAUGAGGAGAGUCAACGAGUACACUAGCACCGCCCCCCCUCCUCCACCGUCUGCACCGGGUGGGUGCACCGAGCUGCUGCUGCUGCGGCUCCGCAUCUCUCUCAGUCCUCCUCGCCGGUCUCCAGUGGACUCUGCCCGGCUCGGCCGAACAUGGCGGCGGCCCCGGAGAAGCAGGAGGUAGACCGCAGACCGAUCCGGAGGGUCCGGUCCAAGAGCGACACGCCUUACAUCAACGAGGCGAGGAUCUCUUUGCACCUGGAGACAGUAGUGGACGGAGCUGUUGAGAUCCACCUCCACCGGAGCAGAGGGCGAGAGAGUUGGUCCAGCUCAUGGAUGGAUGAGGUUCAUCCCUGCAGGCUGCAGUCCAGCUCAACAUGGCGGGCCGUGAAGGCGACGUGAUGUAUUUACGGUCCGGCUCCUGUUCCGGAUCUCCCACCACCAACCAUCAUCUCUCUUUAGCGGUGCCCGUGUCCGAGCAGCAGAAACCGAGGAAGAAGAGGAGGAGAGCUUUCUGCCUGAGCAGGAUGAAGUCCCGCGGCAAACAGCACCAGGACCAGGAGGACCAGGAGGACCAGCAUCAGCAUCAGCAUCAGCAUCAGCCCGCCGCAUCCAGCAACAACAACAUGCCGUUCAUGAUCCACUGCCAGAUAGGGAAAGAAAUCAAGCACAUCUGCAGCAACUGUCGAGGAGCCGAGUCUCUGGACGCUGAGGAAGUAGAGAGGUUGGCAGCGAUGCGCUCUGAUUCGCUGGUUCCUGGCACACACACGCCUCCCAUUCGGCGGCGGAGCAAAUUCGCCACCCUGGGACGGCUCUUUAAACCCUGGAAAUGGAGGAAGAAGAAGAGUGAAAAGUUCAAGCAGACCUCUGCCGUGUUGGAGAGGAAGAUGUCCACUCGCCAGAGCAGAGAGGAGCUCAUCAAGAAAGGAGUGCUGAAGGAGGUUUAUGACAAAGACGGCUCUUCCUCGGCUGUACGUGAGGAGGUGAAGAUGGAGAACGGCUCCGGCCUGUCAGAGUCUGAAGGUACUGAGCUGAUGGAAGGAGCCGCUGCAGCUGUAGGCUCUCUGGAGUUUCAGAUGCAAAGUGAGGGUGCGUGUCAACAGGACCAUGCCCAUAAAUCCACAAAGAAGUCCACUGUGUAUGCGGCUGACAGCGCUGAAUCGACGCUCUCCAGACCUCCUACGCUGCACAAACAACCUCCUGCGCCACCGCCCAAACCCUUCAGCAGGCUACCUAAUCACUUUACAGACGGUGCCCCGGUGAAGUUGCCGUGUAUGUCGUCGAAGUUAUCUCCUCCUCUACCUCCAAAGAAGCUCUUGAUCUCCGUACCUGCAGGGAGCAUGGAGCCCUCUUCGCUCGCCUUCCAGAAGUGCCCUCCUCCCAGCCAUGCUCCAAUGGGUGGGCACUCCCUGCACUACGGGGUGCUACCCCUCCACCACCCCCCCAGCCGAAUCAUAGAAGAGCUCAACAAGACCCUGGCCCUCACCAUGCAGAGGUUUGAGAGCUCCAUGAUGCACACCGCUUCCACGACGAUGAUCGAGUGUGACGACGACAAAGAGAACCUCCCCAACGAGGCGGACUACGAGGACCUGCCCGAGGAAGAGGAGGAUGAGGAAGAGGAGGAGGAAGAAGAGGAUGACGACGACGACGACGAGGAGGAAGACGAAGAUGAGGAGGAAGAUGAUGAUGAUACAUUGUUUACAAGCACACUGGCCAUGAAGGUUUUACGAAAGGACUCUCUGGCCAUCAAGCUGAGUAACCGUCCAUCGAAGAGCGAGCUGGUGGAAAAAAACAUCCUGCCAAUGCAGUCGGACCAAGAAAGAUUUGAGUCUCGACAACAAACAGCCACCAAACUGACCAGACGAUUGAGUCAACGGCCGACAGCAGAGGAGCUGGAGCAGAGGAACAUACUCAAACCUCGAAAUGAUCUGGAGGAGCAGGAGGAGAAGAGGGAGAUCAAGAGACAUUUGUCCAGCAAGCUCAGCCAGAGGCCCACAGUAGAGGAGUUGAGGGAGGCGAAGAUCCUCAUCCGUUUCAGUGACUAUGUUGAGGUGGCUGAGGCUCAGGACUAUGACAGGAGAGCAGACAAGCCAUGGACUCGGCUAACAGCUGCUGAUAAGGCUUCUAUCAGGAAGGAACUGAAUGAGUUUAAAAGCACAGAGAUGGAUGUGCAUGAGUCGAGCCGUCAUCUGACCAGGUUUCAUCGGCCAUAAGAUGGAUCAGUCAGACCUCGGCCAUGCUUUUAUAUUCCCCCCGCCGAGCCUGAAGUGUUCAGCCUACUACCUGCUACCCUUUCCAGCGUCAAUUUCAACCUGACGGAUUGGACAGGAACACAACCUGUGCGCUGCGGUCUUUACAGGAAACCAGAGCAAACCCUUUUACAAGUACAAAUGGAUUAAACUCUAAACCGGCAUCUCCGCUCAGUGGAGAUUUUACAGACUUCUUGAUAUUCAAAAGCUUUUCAUUUUUUUAAGAUGAAGAGGCGGCAUUUGUUUACUUUGCAGCACUUUUGAACAAGGCUUUAAGUCAAACAGAAUCUGGGCCAAUUUCCAGGAUGGUAACAGAAGGAGGUGAAGAUGGGACUUUUCUUUUUUUACGCAGGGAUUGUUUUCUUGCCUUUCAUCAUGUUUUCACUCUCCUUUCUCAACUAUCUUUCCUUGCGGGCACGCUUGUGUUGGCACAGUUUUAUUCCACAGAUGACAUCUCAAUGAUCGUUUCUCAUUUUGCCAGAGGAAUUAAAAAUGGCAGCUGAAACAUAUGCCAAAAUAUCCUAAAGUCUCAAAAUACUCUCUGCAAGCCAGUAACUUUAACAAAUUAAGAUCUCCUAACACAAACACAUCAAUCAACUGAGCAAUAAUUUCAGAUUUUCUCCUCCAACUGUUUCUGGGCUGCAUUCAGAGCUCACAAUACUUUUCAGACUUCAGAUCCCCAUUUUAAACCAAAGCAACUUGACUUGCUGUGGAAGUUGCGCUCUUGAAUGCAUCCCAGAGUGACUGCUGUUGAAAGUUCAGUAACCCACUGUGUCACUGUGCCUCCAGUAUUGUUUACAGGGAUUUAAACGUUGCCAAAUUAACUCGUUUCAUUUGAUACAGAUUACCUGUAGACAGUAAAAUGUUGCCAAACUCUCUGCCGAACUACAACAAAGUAGACUUCUUUUUUUUGUAUUUAAUUUUUUUAUUGUCUGAGACAAACCUUUGGUGGUACAGAAGAGGAAACCCCUGCCACCUUUUUCUAUUGUUUACAGUCCAUAUUAGGUUCAUGAAUUGGCAGUUUUUACCAUAUUAUUGGGAGCACUGGUUGAUCUGUUGUGUGUUAUGACUGUGUCUGAGUGACUGUGUGUAUGUACAAGCGUCGGUAAUAUUACUGUCUCUUGUAGGGUUUUAAAAUGUUUCGAGAGAAAAAUGUUCUCAGAAUUAUAAGACCUGUACAUAGCAAAGAAAGUAACGACACUUUUCAAAUGUUUUUUUUGUAAAGCAGAAAAACUGCAUGUGGGUAUUAAUUUAUUGUGAGUCUUCUAUGAUGUAUGCAGUUUCUUAAAGAAAGAAACUUAUUAAAAAAAUAAGUUAAU